CCGGUAUAAUGAGUAGGCCAGGGGCGGUCCCACUCUGGAGGCCUAAUAUCGUGUCCCGUUGCAUCUUUCGACACAUUGAUAGCUAGGUCAUUGGGGUGCGACAACCGUCCUUCUACAGACUUCACAAGAGAUGGUGUCAUCGUAUUUCUAUAGAGCUGUAGCUCUCAUGCUAACAGUCGGAGCACUUUCCAAAGUUCAGAAAUAUGACAAAAGAGAAAACGAAAGAGCAGAGAAAUUAGCAAAGUUGAUAGAAUAUGAUGACAAAAGUAAAGAAAAGGCGACCAGUCAAAAAAUCGUUUGCUAUUACAGAGCAGAAAGAAACACCACAAGACGUCUUCAACCAGAAGAUAUAGAUCCGAAUUUAUGCACUCAUUUGAUAGUCGGUUUUGCAGAGGUUCGAUAUGAUUUCGCGCUACCAAAAACCAUUCAAGAUCUCGAAUGCUUCAACCGAACAGUUACUUUGAAAAAGAAAAAUGCAAAAAUGAAAGUUAUGCUUUCUAUAGGAGGAAAAUCAAAUGGCGGUUUCUCUCGAAUGGUAGCUACGAAAUAUGGAAGAGAAAAGUUUAUAUUUUCUCUUUUGCAUUUCCUGGACAAAUACAAAUUUGAUGGAGUUGACUUUGACUGGGAAUUUCCUGGGUGGAAUGGUGCUAGUCCUUUAGAAAGAUUUUUUUUCAACAUACUUCUAAAGGAGCUACAAUUUGUUAUAGAAAAAGCGAAGAGAAAUUUUCUAAUCAGUUGCGCAGUAGCAGCACAUGUAGCCAUUAUUGACACCUCAUACAAUGUACCAGAAAUGGCAAAAGUUGUGGAUUUUAUAAAUCUCAUGUCUUACGAUUUCCAGUUGUAUAAUCCAGCAUAUCCUAUGACAGCUCAUCAUAGUCCUCUGUUUUCUAAAAACAGCGAAAAAAAUACGAACUAUUAUUUAAAUGCGGCAUGGGCUGCAGGAUUUUGGGAAGCUAGAGGCAUGCCGCGAAAGAAAAUAAUGAUUGGCAUACCAACGCAUGCUCGGUCAUACUACUUACAUUCUCCUUAUUGGAACACUAUCAGUGUUCCAGCAAAAGGUCCUGGAAUCGGAAAAGGAAAGCUCACAUAUCCUCAGGUUUGCAAUUUUCUUAAAAAGGGAGCAAGGCAAAUAUUUGAUCUAUCAACGAAAGUUCCAUUUGCCCACUUAGGACACGAUUGGAUAGCUUUUGACAAUGAUCACAGUAUUUCGUUUAAGAGUCAAUGGGUAAAAGAAGAAGGAUAUGGAGGAGUCAUGAUCUUCAACUUGAAUAAUGAUGAUUGGAGUGGUAGUUGUGAUAACUCAACAAAGUUUCCUUUGACUCGAGCUGCUUUUAAAAGUUUGACAUAAUUUAUGAAGAAAUGAGUAAACAGACAGAACAAUGGACAUACAUGCAUAGAAUCUCACCACGAAAUUAUUUAUUUCAUAAUUCAUAGACUUGUAACAACAUUUAUUGUUAGUAGCCAUUUGUUGAAAGAGUAGCAUAUCUAGUCAAAUCAAGAAAGGCAUGUAAAAAAAUUUAGA